AUGAAACAGGAUGAGGGCAGCCGCUCCUCUGCUCUGGGACUUUCCAGGGGGAGAAGUUUAAGUGAUUUGGAAAAAAGGCGACUCCUGUCCCGUAUCAGACCUGAGGAGAUGGAAGAGCUGGGGCAGCCGUGGCCUGGCUUCACCCAUACCCGGAUCCCCAGGCCCCAGCUUGUGUGGCAGCCAGUACAGUACCGCAGGCACUGGCCGGGCUCGAGCCUGGUGUUCAGAAACCCCACUUUCCCAUGCAGCAUGAGCCAGUUUCCAGCAAAGAGCUCUUCCCAGCGUCCGCCCCUGGGGGAUUCACACUCCUGGCUACCCUCCAUAGAGAGCCUCUCAAUGGAUGACUUUUGGAUGGAGGUGGAGAACAUGAAGCAGAGUGAUGAGCUGAAGCAGGAGGAGGGUAAUAUUACUGAAGCCCAGAUCCCAGAAGAGGGUGAGGCAGAAGCCCAAUGGCUUCAGGACACAGGCUUGGCUGACCUCAUUGGGUCCCCUAAGCCAGACAGUGAUAACAGAGUGCUCCUGUCCACGCUCACAAAGACCCAAGCGGCUGCUGUGCAACGGAGACUAGACACAUACACGCGCUCGAUCCGUAAGAAAAACAAGCCACCAGUGAGGGACGUCAGAGACAUCUUUGGCACCUUUGAUUCUGGGGAUGUGUUAACAGAGAGAGUGGAUCCAGAAGGGAAGUGGACACAGCUCAAAUCCAGACCUGCAGAAUCCCCACCAGUAGCAGAUUAUCCAGGAUGUGUGGAAUAUCCUUGCCCAGUUCCAAGUUCUGGGAAGGAGGAAAUAUUCAGCACUGAUUCUGCAUAUUCGGAGCAAGCAGCUCUCCUGCAAAAAGGAACACUAUCCCCAGAAACCAGGUGGAUGAAGGGCAAGGGCUCACUGCCGAAGUUUAGAAUUCCCAAGGGAAGACUCGGAGUGACAAGAAUAGGAGACUUAUCACCACAGGAUAUGAAGAAGAUCCCCACUCUGGCUCUGAUUGAAUUGACGGCCCUCUGUGAUAUUUUGGGACUGGACUUGAGGAGGAGCAAGGCAGGAAAAUGGAAGGCAACAGAGAACCGGCUUUUUGGAGUCCCCCUUAGCACUUUGCUGGAGACUGAUCAGAAAGUUGUCCCCAACACACAAGUCCCAUUGAUUCUACAAGCUCUGCUUUCCUGUUUGGAGAAGAGAGGGUUAGACACUGAAGGGAUCCUGAGAGUAUCUGGCUCCCAGACCAGGAUUAAGAGUUUGGAGCAGAAGCUGGAGAGAGAGUUCUAUGCAGGCCUCUUCAACUGGGAUGAGGUCCAUCAAAAUGAUGCAUCAGGUUUGCUGAAGAGGUUCAUCCGAGAACUUCCUACUCCACUGCUCACAGCCGAAUACCUGCCUGCCUUCACCAUGGUGCAGAAUAUCCCAGACCUGAAGCAGCGGUUACAGGCUCUGAAUCUGCUCAUCUUGAUUCUUCCUGAAGCGAACAGGAACACCUUAAAGGCCCUGCUGGAAUUUCUCAGGAAGGUAGUUGCCCGAGAGCAGAACAACAAAAUGACUUUAUGGAAUGUUUCCAUGGUGAUGGCACCAAAUCUCUUCAUGCAUAAAGGACAGCCUCACAGAAUCCCAGAGGGAAAGGGAAAGCAGCUGGCCGAGGGGGCUGCCGAUGUCGUCCGGGCCAUGAUCCAUUACCAGGACCUUCUGUGGACUGUCUCCUCCUUCUUGGUGGCCCAAGUCCGGAAACUGAAUGAGAACAGCAGCUGGAGGCAUCAGUUCUAUGACAGACGGAUCAAGAACUUCCUUAGGAAGAUACACACGGACAAGGACAAGGCAAGCAAGACCCCUGAAGAGCCCUCCAAAGUGGUGAAAAUCCAGGCUGCUCUGAUCCUGAAGGACUGUUUAGAGGUACACCUACACAACGGCACCAAAGCUGCUGAUGUGCUCAAGCAGUUCCAAAGGCACCUCUGCUCCAACAGCUGGAAUGUCAUGAACACAGUCAGCGUAAUCCAAUGUAACGGGCCUAUUGAAUCAUCAAACCUACUCCUCUAUGAAGUCGGUGGGAACAUAAGUGAACAUUGCCUGGAUCCAGACACCUACCUCUUAGACCUGUAUCACACCAACCCCCAUGGGGAGUGGGUCAUCAAACAGAGCCCUACCUUAUCUCGAACACUUUAGGAAAGUUACCAAGGGUCAGAAAGAAAGAAGAGCAGCAGGAAGAAUUUUUUUUCCUUUUGAGCAUCUCUGUGCCAUUUCCUUCAUCCAGUGCCUUUAUCGGGGAGGUGUGCAGAAUUCAACCUGAAGGUGGGCAGAGAUGUGGAAGCCACAGAUCACUUCAUGUUCCAAAGAAUCCAGCUGAUCAACAGCAUAGUGCCUACCAUUAGUGAUGUAUGAAUAACCCAUCUAGGUGGGCAGACAUUCUCCUACAAAUCAUUCCAGCCAAUGGUUGCCCAGAAACCAACCUGGCAGUGAAAUCCUUGCCUAUUCUUGGGCAGUGACUCAUGGUAGAAGGAGAGAAAACAGGGUUCUAGAAACUAAUUCUGAAAGAAGUGUGCAACUGAGAAAGGCAUUCCCAUUGUGAAAAACUUUGUGGCUACCAGUCAAGAGAUCAGCUCCCUCAUGUUUUCUGCUACUCACAUAGUUCUCUACUCUGUGCAGAGAAGAAAUACUGCUUCUCAGGGAUGCAGUAGACUCUUUCCCAGGCAAGAGAGCUCAAUCCGCCCAUCCAGCCACCCAUCCAUCCACCCAUCCACCCAUCCAUCCAUCCAUCCAUCCUGCCCUCAAGGACCUUACAUUCUACUGGAAGAUCCUCUCCAAGAUGGAGGAUGUGGACUGUUACCCUAGUCACUCACUUCCUCAGCUGCCUACUCUGACUUUCCAAAGUGAUUUUGUCCUUCUUAUUCACGAGACUAUGGAGUUGCUGCCCUCAGAGUCCACCAUUGGUCAUUUUCCAGAAAUCAAGCUGAGUGUUAGGGGUCGUUGAAGAUGUAUUUUGACCCUUUUUUGCCAGUUCAAUGACCCAGUAUUACUUCUUGCUUCAGAAGCAUCCAGUGUCUUAACUUUUAAAAAUGUGUCUGGUAUGAAGUCUGAUAACCCCAUUGGAAAUCCCUGCUCCAUAUCUGAGAUUUGCUGAUAGAAGAGUUCCUAGGGAAUCUUUCCUACUCUGACUCCACUGAUGACACUGAUGACACUCGGAGAUGUCCUGUGCCCCGAGCCACAUUGCUGUCUCCUUCCCUUGGGUUUCAUUAUUGUCUUGGAGAUGUGAUCUUUGUCUCCAAACCAUGUACAUGUUGAUAGUUAAAUGCAUCUUGCAGAAUGUAGAGAAUGAAGCAAAGCCAGGCAGUUGUAUUGCCUGGGGGAUGAGAUCUUCACGCCUUUCUGAUAUGGUUGAAAAAGUCAAAGUAGCCACAAUUACAAUCCUGACUCUGGCUAUCUCCCAGAUAGAAGUGGAGACUUUGCCCAUGUCAGGGACAAUAAAAGCACCCCAUCUUCCCAAGCACAGUUUUGGGGGGGCAGGACCCCACUGUCCCCCUCCACUGUCCUCAGAUUUGGCUGGAGUUGUAUCUGUGCCUGAAUACCCUGGCCUGUAGCCAUGAUCAGGGAGGCAAAGAGGAGAUACUGUUCUCUGACCUGAGUUUAUACAGUUGCAACAACCCACACUUUGGUGAGAGGCAAGAAGUAGCAGCUUGGCCAGAGACCAAAACAACAAGAAUGGGUAGGGUGCAGCCCUGUGCCCUAGGGUUUCCUCCUGCAUGGCCCCAUUUACCAGAACAGAAUGGACUUCUGACUUUUCCUCCUGGCUCCUUGAGCGUCUCCGAUGCCUUCUAAUUCCUCUGCCUCCUCCCCAUUGUGGAUCAGUGCUUCUUGCUCCAGACAUCCUAGUGUCCAUGUGCUGUGAUCUUGCCAUACUGAGAAUCCAUUUGGUACUUCUGGGCCUCCAUGAGUUUUAUCACCAUACUUUGGGUUUAAUUGUAGAUUGUGGCCUAUAGAGAUGGGAGCACAGAAGUCCAGUAGCUCAGUAAAGAGGCCAAGUUUUUUUUCAGGGAAAUUGCUGUGAAUUUGACAUGUAAUAAUGAUGCAGUUAGCUGGCCUGGAAUUUGAGACCCAUGCUACCUUUGGCGGGUCCCUUAACCUCUCUGGGUCUCAAUUCUUCCUUUGUAAAUGGAGUUUGGGUGGGGUAGGGGUGGUGCUAGAUGAUCUUUGAGGUCCCUUGCAACCUUCCCUUGACUUCAAAUCAUGGAGCAAAGAUAGCGUCCAUUCUUGGGACUGCAUUUAGAUUGAAGGGAAAGGUGGUGCCAGCAUUGUCAGCAGAGACAGUGGUCAUAGGACUGUAAGAUUUGGUGCUGAAAGGGACCUUAGAGAUCAUUCCAUCCAUGGGCUUCAUUUUUUAUAAAUGAAGAAACAGAAGCGCAGAAAAGUGACGUGACUUGCCCAGGCUUGCAGAGCCAAGAUUCACACCCAGGUCUUGUGAUUCCAGACCCUAGGGGCUCUUUCCAUGACCUCACACAGGUGUUCCCGCCAUCUUUUAUUUCCUUGCUUGGCAGAGGAGAAGAAAAUGAAGAGGUUAAAA